UACUUCCUUACGUCAAGAUACAGCUUAACAUCUUUUUACUUGGCACAAUGUUUGGCAAUCAAUUGCUUUCGAGGACGUGUUGUUCGAAGCCCGCAGUUACUAUUUAUCAAAAUUUAUUCGCAUCGAAACCUUCAAUAAGAAACAGACCAAAAGUGGACAAUUUCAAAUCCUACGAAAUCCUAGGAAAAAUCAAACAAUUUAUAUUUCGCGAUCACUCUUGCGAAAAGGGUUUAGGUCCCAUUCCGUGCAUCGAUGAAAGUGCUAAAUGUGGCAUUUACAAGAAUCCGGAAUAUUUUUGCUAUCACAAUUACACUUACUAUGAUUUCAUGAUAGCAAACAAGUGCAACUACUUACCGCAACCUAGUGCUACUGGCGGGUGCUUGCCGAAGGAUGAAUCAAUUUGCUCGGAAACUAAAGAGGUCCCAGCGGACACGUCCUGCCCACCACCGAGUUGCGCACCAGUUUGUGUGAUGGUAGAAACACCUGCGCAAGGCACGGUGGCACCAGUUGAUUGUCAAAGAGUCGACAUUAAAAAAGAACAACCGGCAGUAGAAGCGAGCCCUUCUGCUACGCAGUCCGAAAUAUGCAGUGAUAAAGAACUUAGUACAGAUGCUAUUCAGGUUUUGCCGGAAACCGAAAAAGACAAGCCGAAAUAAAAUAGUUUUAC